UUCUGUGACAAAAUCAUGAAGAAUCUGUUACUUACACUCACAGUUCUUGGUGUGAUCACUGGUUCAGUAGCUGGUAUUCUACUGCGUUACGUAUCUCCACUCCCCGCUGAUGUUAUAAUGGUCAUUGCCUUCCCGGGUGACAUUCUCAUGAGGAUGUUAAAAAUGGUGAUUUUGCCUCUGAUCAUCUCAAGUUUGAUCACAGGACUAGCAGGGUUGGAUGCCAAGUCCAGUGGUCGUCUGGGCACAAGGGCCAUGGUGUAUUACAUGUCUACUACCAUCAUCGCAGCUGUGUUGGGGGUGAUCUUGGUGCUCCUCAUCCACCCUGGUAACCCCAAACUGAAGGCAAACCUGGGCGAGGGCAAAAAGAACGAUGAAGUGUCCAGUUUAGAUGCCUUCUUUGAUCUCAUCAGAAAUCUGUUUCCAGAAAAUCUCGUUCAGGCUUGUUUUCAGCAGGUUGCUGGGACAUUACCUGUUACUUUCCGCUGUCUGGAGGAAAAUCUGGGCAUUGACAAGAGAGUGACUCGAUUUGUGUUGCCUGUUGGAGCAACGAUCAACAUGGAUGGUACAGCGCUUUAUGAGGCCGUAGCAGCCAUCUUUAUUGCCCAGAUGAACGGAAUAGAACUUGAUCCUGGUCAGAUCGUGACAGUCAGCCUUACAGCGACUCUCGCUAGCGUAGGAGCUGCCAGUAUUCCCAGUGCUGGUCUGGUGACGAUGCUUCUGAUCUUGACAGCUGUGGGACUACCGACUGAAGACAUCAGUUUACUGGUAGCAGUCGACUGGCUACUGUAAGUUAAACCAAUCUCUC